AUGUUCAGGCUAGUGGACCUCCCCUGGACGUUGAGGUCAUUUGCCUGGACGAGGAUGGAGAGAGUAAGGAUAAUGAUUCCAGCGGAAUGGAAGUGGAUGGGAACUGCCAGAAUGGGAAUGGAAUUAAAUGGGCAUCACAGAAAAGAGAUGGAACAAGGUGAUGAAGUCAGUCAGUCAGGUACUGUGAAAGGGAAGAAACCCAUGAACUUUGGUAAGACUGAUGCUGUUACAACAAAACCUAGCAACAGUGGUGACAAUGUUGUGUAUGUGGAUGAGGAGUCUAGACACAGCGAGAUGCAGGAUGGCCCAGAUAUGGGACAGAAUCAUACAGAUGAUGAAAAAGAGAACAAAGGAACCUGUACAGGCAGCUCUGACAUGAAAGAUGUGGGCGGUGAACGGAACAAAUACCAGAAAGUGGAUCUGCCAGGUAAAGAUAGUAAGGUGAAAGACAAUGAUUCGGAUUCUGCCGAUGAUGAGGUGGAGAUUAUUGGGGAAACCAAGGUGGUCCAGACCACCAAGUCUGCACAUGCCUCACAGAACAUCGUGUUUGUCCCAACAGGUCUCAAACCAGUGAACCAGAACAGUGUCGCCCACAGCAACGGUGGUCAGCUGCUGCCCUCCGCUCAAAGUUCCACAUCAGUGCCCAGUGCUGUUCCACCCUCGGCAAUGUUGCAUAACUUGGCACCGGGCAAUAACUCUCAGAGAAUGCCCAGUCUCAAUCCAAACUUUGCUGUUGCUGGCAGCAUACAGGCUCAACAGCAGCACAAACUUCAGGUAAUGUUCUCCUCAGUGGGCCCGCCAAAGCCACAGUCUAGUUUAGAUCAGAUUGAACUUAUUCGUUGGGAGAUUCAGAACCGAGUCAACACACGCCCCAAAUAUUUUAAACCAAACCCUUCUUCCGAGCUGGGGUCAGUGGCCAAAUUUCUGUUUAAUAUCGGCUCAGACUUAAUCAAAGAGGCUGUUUAUCACGAUCUUGUGAAAAUUCAGUCGAAAAAGAAAAACAAAAACAAAUUAAAUGAUAAGGAAAAGGAAGACCUGGGGAAGCUCAAAGAAAUUGAAAAGGACUUGUAUGCAACGAUUGGCCAUCUGAAGACAAGGCUGAAAAAGAGGUGUAGCAUGUGUGAUUUCCGUACGGAAUCAAUAAAUGUCAUGUUUCAGCAUAACCAAUACCCGCACGAGGACAGCAAAGGCUUGAGAUGUUCUCACUGUUCAUUCACCACCAAGCAGGGAAUAGGGUUCAGAUACCACAUGGAAUCCAAACAUGGUAUACCUCCUAAACUUCACGACAAGAGGGGCGCAUUCGAAUGUGAGUUCUGUCCUUACGAAAACAACAAUGAACAGAAACUGAAGCUGCACAAGCAGCGAUGCAUUAAACAGUUCCGGCCUUACUUCAACCUACAUCCUAGUUGCCUUUCGGGACCUGAGAUCAAUUUGUGCUUGGACAACAUCUUCUACAAACAGGUUGUUCCCAAGAAUGUAUCACUUCUCCAGCAGAAACAUUCACACUUUCAGGCACCCAUGACAAAUGCACCCAUGACAAAUGCACAGAAACAACAAGCUGAGAGGAAGUCUCUCAUAGCAGCCCAGAAAACAACAGCAGCCUUAGCAGCCAAUAAACAGUUGCCACAAAAGGGCGUGCCUCCCACCAAAAGCAUGGGCUACAGUGUACCAGCCAACGGAAGAAUGCCUGUUCCAGUCAAGCUAACGCCAGUUCCGCCACAGCCGAUACAGCCACAGCCGAUGCAGCCACAGCCUAUGCGCUUUGGCCCUAAUGCAGGCACAAGGGCUUCGCGGCCAACAAUAGCAAACUUAUUAAAUAAUCAGCAGAACUCUGUGCCACAAGCUUCAGUAAGUCGGAAUCCUGCACCCCCGCUCGGCGCCUUCGAAGUUUGUGAGAUAUGUGGCGGUUUCGUUAAAGACCGGAAAGCUUUGCGUAUACAUUUUUUCUAUGCUCAUCGAAUUGAUCUGCCCUUUAACCUUUUUGAGAGAAACCAAGCUCCUUUAUAUUGUGCUACCUGCUAUGUUCGGUUCUGGACGGCACAGGGUCUCCGCAAGCAUAUUGAUUCUCACAAAGAAGGGAAUCAGUCUCGAGGAGUGGUCGGCAAGUGCAUAUUGUGCAGUCAUCACGUGCUGAAUCUGCUGCUUCACAUGCGCCUUGUGCACAACCGAGAUAUGCAACAUUAUCUCAAUUUAAAUAUGUGUAUGUUUUGUGGGGUCAAGGCGAUGUCGCGCCAUGAGUGCGAAAAUCAUAUCAAUAAUGUUCACGGACAUGUGGACCCCAUAAGUGGAACAAUAAAGCCACCAACCAACGCUGCCAAUCAGCCACUGACACAGCAGACUGAGAAAACUCUGGCACAGCCAAAGAAGACAGUCAUGAAUACCUCGAAGAAGAGAUGCAUGUGUGUACUUUGUAACCUGGAGUUUAGCCGCAAUGUCGACCUGACCCGGCACUGUAUGCGCGUGCACCAUACGUGCAUGAAGUGUGGCAUGGUUGUUGCCGACAAGCCGUCGCUGUUGAAACACGUGUGUUUGGUGUCAUCCAGCGGCGUCCGCGACUGUGAUGUCUGUGGAGACAAAGGCUACCACCCAGCCUACUAUGUCAAGCAUCUGAGAGACAGACACCUGAAGAAGUUGUCCGUCCAAAUGGUCAGGCUCAGUGAAGAGACUAUUGAACGCUGGACAAAACACCCAUGUCCAGCAGCAGAACCUGUGACAAAACAACCAAAUCCAGCAGUAGAACCUGGGGACAUUCUUGUGGAGAUAUCUGAUGACGAUGAUGAUGAUCAUCAUUCAGGAGAGCAGCAGAAAUCCUUGUCGACUAACACUGCAGAAGAUAUUCAAAAUAAUGCUUCUCCGAACGAGUCGGGGAAGAAUAACGAGGAGCUGGCUGAUUGUGAGAGAGACACAAGCCUUGCUGACCAGGCAGUGGGGCCUGUUGAAGUCAUAGACAUAGACACUGUACAAGAAUUCAGUGAAGAAAGCAGAUCUAGUGAAACUGCACAGGGACACAAAAGAAAAUUAGAAUCCCCUACAGCCGAGACAUCACCUAAAAGACCAAAAACACCUUAG